GCUCCGUAGGAGGGAGGCGGUUGCCAGGGUAAUGCGCGCGGGAGCUCGGGUGGGGCGGGAGGGAGUGAGAGGCGGCGUUCCGCGGUCCCGGUGUUGUCCCCGCUGCUGUUCCCCGUUUGGUCUCCGGUUUCUUCGCCACCUCCGGGAGCCAUUCGCUUGCCGGACAGCUGAGGGAGGCAGGUCCUACUGGAAAGGCUGAGGGCCGGGCCGCGGGCAUGGCUUUGGACGAGAUGGAUGGAACGGGGUUGGAAGCGGAGGAAGGGAAGGAUCAGGAGUCAGGUGUCACCGCCAUGAGGAGUGUCCUGGAGAGUUUCACGGACAGUCAGGAGGUCCGGGGGCUCAUCGGUAACCUGAAGAGAGUCUUUGGAGAUUUGGUGACCCGAGAAAUGACACUGGAAAAAUUCAUAGGUAUAAUGGACAAGUACCAGGAGCAGCCUCACUUGUUGGAUCGCCACUUAGAGUGGAUGAUGAAUUCAUUGUUGGAUUUAGUACGAGACAAAGAAUCUCCUCCACUCCUGGCCCACCUGGCUUUUAAAUUUCUUUACAUCAUUACAAAGGUGAGAGGGUACAAACGUUUCCUUCCCCUGUUCCCUCAUGAAGUGAGAGAUCUACAGCCUGUCUUGGAUCUGCUUGCAGAUCAAGACCCAAAAGACUCUGAGACUUGGGAAACUCGUUACAUGCUUUUAUUGUGGCUCUCAAUGAUCUGUUUGAUUCCUUUUGAUCUGGCCCGUUUUGAUGGGAAUCUGUGUGAGGAGGGGCACACUCGGAUGUCAACAAUGGAUCGUAUACUUCAGAUAGCAAAAUGUUACUUGGUUGUCAGCGAUAAGGCUCGAGAUGCAGCUGCUGUGCUGGUUUCAAAAUUUAUUGUCCGCCCUGAUGUCAGGCAAAACAGGAUGGCAGACUUCCUGGACUGGACACUUUCAAUGUUAUCUAAAUCCUCUUUUGAGACCAUGGAGGGGACUGUUGUUAUGAAUGGCAUGCUCCAGGCCCUGGCACAGUUAUUUAAACAUGCUGAAAGAGACUAUUGUUUACCAUAUGCUCCUACUGUGCUUGAAUGUCUUGAUAAGUGCAAGCUGUCCAAAAGUAAUCAGAUGGUUCUUCGCAAGCUAGGAAUGAAACUUGUUCAACGACUUGGACUGACCUUUGUGAAACCAAAGGUGGCAAAAUGGAGGUACCAGCGUGGCUGUCGAUCUCUGGCUGCCAAUCUGCAAGCUCAGGGUUCAGUUGUGCAGAAUCAAGUGCUAACAGUUGCUGCUAAUGAAGCUGAUGAUGAAGAGGAGUAUGACAUUCCAGCAGAGAUUGAAAAUGUUGUAGAGCAGUUGUUGGUUGGACUGAAGGACAAAGACACUGUUGUGAGGUGGUCUGCAGCAAAAGGAAUUGGUCGAAUAACUGGAAGACUUCCAAAGGAAUUAGCAGAUGAUGUGAUUGGGUCUCUCUUGGACUGUUUUAGUUUCCAGGAAACAGACAACGCGUGGCACGGUGGAUGCCUGGCUCUGGCUGAAUUAGGUAGAAGAGGAUUGCUGCUCCCUUCCCGAAUUUCAGAUGUUGUUCCUGUCAUUUUGAAAGCACUGACGUAUGAUGAGAAAAGGGGAGCGUGCAGUGUGGGUUCCAACGUGAGAGAUGCAGCGUGCUACGUGUGCUGGGCCUUUGCUCGUGCUUAUGAUCCUGCAGAACUGAUACCAUUUAUUAAUCAGAUCUCAAGUGCAUUGGUUAUUGCAGCAGUAUUUGAUCGUGAUGUUAAUUGCAGAAGAGCUGCCUCUGCUGCCUUCCAGGAGAAUGUUGGGAGACAGGGCACUUUUCCACAUGGCAUAGACAUUCUAACUGCAGCUGAUUAUUUUGCUGUUGGUAACAGAGUUAACUGCUAUUUGACUAUAAGUGUUUAUAUUGCUGGCUUUCCUGAGUAUACAGAGCCAAUGAUUGAUCAUUUAAUUUCCAUGAAGAUUAAUCACUGGGAUAGUGUUAUUCGAGAACUUUCAGCCAAAGCUCUGCAUAACCUUACUGCACAGGCUCCUGAAUACAUGGCAGAUGUGGUUUUGCCAAGGCUUCUACCUUUAUCAGUGGGCACAGAUCUGCACACACGCCAUGGGGCAAUUCUUGCCUGUGCUGAGAUCACCCAUGCAUUGUGUAAACUAGCAGAAGAGAAUAAUAGACCAGUAACGUAUUAUUUCAAUGAAAAAUCACUGGAGGGACUUAAGCAGAUCCAUCAAGAGCUCUGCAGUCGUCAGUUGUACAGGGGUUUAGGUGGUGAACUGAUGAGACCAGCAGUGUGCUCUUUAAUUGAAAAGUUGUCACUAUCAAAAAUGCCAUUUAAAGGAGAUCCAAUAAUAGGUGGCUGGCAGUGGUUAAUUAAUGACACUCUAAGAAGUCUCACUCUUGUUUCAAGCAGUGCACGACAGCAUAUAAAGGAGUCUGCAGUCUCUGCACUUGCUGCCCUGUGUAGUGAAUAUUACAUCAAUGAAAAGGGAGAAGCUGAUCCAGCUCUGCAGGAUCAGCUGGUGACACAGUAUGUCUCAGAACUACAGAACACAGAGGAAAUGAUUCGUUGUGGCUUUUCACGAGCUCUUGGGGCCCUUCCAAGAUUUCUGCUAAAGGGCAGGUUCCAACAGGUUUUGGAAGGCUUGAAAAAAGUUACCUUAGUUUCCCCUGCAAACGUGAGCUUUGCAGAAUCCAGAAGAGAUGCCCUGAUAGCCAUUGCAAAGGUUUGCCAGACAGUGGGUGUAAAGGGAGAAGGAUCCCAGGAAGAAUAUGUCUGCAAAGAUAAUGUCACUCAGAUUUAUGCUACACUACUUGGUGGGAUGACUGAUUACACCACAGACAGCAGGGGAGAUGUUGGAGGAUGGGUCCGUGAAGCUGCCAUGACAAGUUUGAUGGAAGUGACACUGCUGCUGGUUCAGAAUGAAGUUGAGUUAAUUAAUGCCAACAUCUGCAAGCAGAUUAUGUGCUGGUUGGCCCAACAGUCAGCUGAAAAAAUUGACAAGUUUCGAGCUCAUGCAGGGUCUGUGUUUCUUACUCUUCUACAUUUUGACCAUCCCCCAGUUCCACACAUACCUCAUCGAGAAGAGCUAGAGAGGGUAUUUCCAAGGUCAGACAAAGAGACUCUAAACUGGAAUGCUGCAUCAGAAGCUUUCCCUCGAAUCACCCAACUUUUGGGUUUGCCAUCUUACCAGUACCAUGUGCUCUUGGGCCUCUCAGUGUCAGUGGGUGGAUUAACAGAGACAACGCUCCGAUACUCUGCCCAGAGCCUUUUUGACUACAUCAAGAAAAUCCAGAAUGAUUCCAGUGCUAUGGAGAGUUUUUGUGAGACACUGCUGAAGGUCUUUGAGGACAACCUGCGGAAUGACCGGGUGUCUGUACCUCUCCUGACAAUGCUGGAUCAAAUGCUGGCAAAUGGCUGUUUUGAGAUCUUUACCAUGGAAGAGAACCACCCCUUUGCAGUGAAGUUAUUUACACUUUGCAAAGAAGAAAUCAAAAGAUCCAAGGACGUCCGGAAGCUUCGCUCCAGCAUAGGAGUGUUUUGUGGCCUGAUUCAAUUUCAAGGAAACAUGAGAGAAAAAGUUCUGUUUCAGUUGUUUCUCCUUCUGUGCCAUCCAUUUCCUGUAAUCCGGAAGACGACAGCCAGCCAGGUCUACGAGAUGCUGAUCACCUACAGUGAUGUGGCUGAUCCUGCCCUGGCAGAGGAGGUCAUGACCAUACUCAGUGACACCAACUGGGAAGCUGAGCUGGCAGUAGUGAGGGAGCAGCGGAACUCCCUGUGUGAGCUCCUGAGAGUGCCCAAGCCCCAGCUCCUCUCCAAGAGCUCAGCACAGUGAAGCUGCCAGCACUGGCUGCUGGUUUGGGAACUGAAGCUCUUGGAUCUGAUGCCACUUAAGAGUUUGUGCUGUGACAUCCUGGCCAAGUGGAGCCUCAGCAGGAGCUGCACUCCCUGGGGGGCAGGAGAAGAGGCAGAGGUUGUGUCUGAAAGCUCUGAGCAGAGAUUCCUGAGGAAGCAACAAAGAGUCAUUGUUUUCCUUUAGAAAGUCCCUGUCUGUAGCCACAAGAUGGCAGUUUCUCUUCAUACUUCUGUCACAACUGACCCGGCUUUUUUUUUUUUUCUUAUUAAUGAUUUAUAUUGCUACAAUUCUGCCUGGAGUCACUCAGCCUGUGCUCACUGUAUACAUGUGCAGCAUUAAACCUGAUUUGCUGCAUUAGUCUGUUAAAAAAAUUGUUUUUCAGAGGUAAGAGUGGCAAUGCUUAGUGAUACUGAAAUCUUCCUGAACAUAGUUUAUCUGUGCAUAAGUCUGUGUGUAUUGUGUUGUAGGCCAACAAAAAAUCCAGGUUUCACAUUAGCUAAAGUCAAAGUGUCUCAGUAGAACUUGAUACAACUCAUUCAAGUGAAUGUUUUUGUGGUAAACUAACUUUAAGGACUGAAACUUUUCUUCUUUUCCGUUGAAGAAUGCAGAGGUGACUCAGUGCUUGAAUCAACUUCCACGUUCUUCUUGGCUAUAAAAUUAAAUGACUGUAACAUUUAUCUUUAGUUAACUAAUGGGAUGGGGAGGACAAAUGCACAGGCAACAUGAUGCUGUGUGUUAUCUGAUUGUUCUAUUAAAUCCCACUAUCCCCACAUUACAAGUACAGCAGUGGCUGUACACACAUCUGACUAUUUAAAAGGAUCUGAAUAUUUAAAAGGUAGGAAAAAUUGAGGCAGAAGAGCUUAAAACAAGCCAGUUUCUCUGUCAAGUACCUGCUACAAACUGCAGCUAGCUUCUCCUGCAGGUGUUCAUGUCCAAAACCACAACUUGUCCCCCACCUUUUUGCCUUUUUAAGAAAGUAUCUAUGAAUUGUAUUAUUCAGUAAGUAUAUUUGCAACCUGGACUGGCAGAUGAAGUUUGGUCUAGAUCAGUGUAAUUCACUAUUAAACAAACACCUCAGGAUCUGCAAAAGAAACACCCCAGAGUCCGGAGCCCUUAUGUUGUUCCACUGUCAUUAAAAUGGAAGUUUCUGCCACUCCUGAAA